CCUGAAGUCAGUGCAUGAACCGCUGCACAUCGUCGGUGCCUGAGGAUCCGCCCCACCCGCUCCAUCCAUGUCGUCAUCGCUGAUAUCAAUCCUCCUGGUCAAAAACCUGAAAUGCAGCAGCCCUUGACACAUAUAUCUUCCAAUUACACUCUCAUAACUCCUUUCCCUUCUUAAAACUCCUACAACCUUUACUUACUCCUUCCUACCCUCUUACAUACACAAUCCCCAGAACACAAAAACACAACGCGAAAUGUCACCCUCACCCUACGCUUACCAAUCCGAAGUAUACGCGCACGGCCUCCGCGACCAAAAGCCCGCUAUAACCUUCAUCCCCAGCGAAUGGGAGAACCUCGCACGAGCGCGCCUCUCCGCCAACAGCUUCAGCUACGUGCACGGGUCGGCAGGAACAGGCGAGACCGACCGCAAGAACCGGUCCGCAUUCCAGAGCUGGUCCGUGAUACCUUCCCGACUGGUCCCUUCGGCCAAGUUCCCCGAUCUAUCCACCACCCUCUUCGGCAAGACCUACUCCUCGCCUAUCGCCAUCGCCCCCGUAGGGGUACAAACUAUCUUCCACCCGGAGGGUGAACGCGCUGUUGCGCGCGCAGCGGCGGAGCUGGAUGUGCCAUAUACGCUGAGCACGGCGACAGCGACCUCUACUGAGGAUGUAGCGGAAGCGAACGGGGCGGAUGGGAAGAGGUGGUUUCAGCUGUACUGGCCUGGGAAUGAGCAUAACGAUAUAACGGUUAGUUUGUUGGAGCGGGCGAAGAAGAAUGGGUAUGAUGUGUUGGUUGUCACAUUGGAUACGUAUAUCUUAGGGUGGAGGCCGACAGAUAUGGAUAAUGGGUAUAAUCCGUUCCUGAGGGCGGAUAGCAUUGGGGUGGAGUUGGGAUUUAGUGAUCCGGUGUUUAGGAGGCAUUUUAAGGAUAGAUAUGGAAAGGAGGUGGAGGAGGAUAAGGGCACUGCUGCGGCGGAGUGGACGAAGAUUGUGUUUCCCGGGGUGUCGCAUUCGUGGGAGGAUUUGGCGUUUUUGAAGGAGCACUGGGAGGGCCCGAUUGUGUUGAAGGGGGUGCAGAGUGUGGCGGAUGCGAGGAGGGCGGUGAAAUGUGGAAUGCAGGGCAUUGUUGUUUCGAAUCAUGGCGGCAGGCAGAUGGAUGGCGGGGUUGGGUCGUUGACGGUGUUGCCGGGGAUUGUGGAUGCUGUGGGGGAGCAGAUUGAGGUGUUGUUUGAUUCCGGGGUGAGGUGUGGUGCGGAUGUGAUGAAGGCGCUGGCGUUGGGGGCGAAGAUGGUGUUGGUGGGUAGGCCGUAUGUUUAUGGGUUGGCGAUUGCUGGGGAGGAGGGGGUAAGGCAUGUGUUGAGGAGUUUGUUGGGUGAGUUGCAGUUGUCGUUGCAUUUGGGGGGGAUUAGGAGUGUGAGGAAGGAGAAUCUGAAUAGGGAGUGUUUGGUGAGGGAGUAGAUGUGUGUUAGGAGGGUUAUAUAUAUGGUAUGGAAGGGAUGGAAAUGUCCGCAUAUUAGCGCAUUGCAGUAGAUAACGCAUACUAGGCCAUCGAUAAGCAAUUCUUACUAUUAG